CGGAGAGUCAGUGGCAAGGGUACAAUCCGGAGGGGCUCCUAGGAAAUACCGAGCACGGAACUUUACAGUCAUCUCGUUACGGAGGAGAUACAGGCCUGGGGCAACGGAGCCAGCAUGAUGGAGAUCGAGAUACCCCUGCCACUGCAGUCACAACAGGAUAUGGAUCUGAUUGAUAUUCUUUGGAAGCAAGACAUUGAUCUCGGUGUUAGCCGUGAGGUUUUUGACUAUAAUCAAAGGCAGAAGGAAAAUGAUUUGGAGAAACAGAAGAAGCUUGAAAAGGAAAAGCAAGAGCAGCUGCAGAAGGAACAGGAAAAAGCACUCUACGCCCAACUGCAAUUAGAUGAAGAGACAGGGGAAUUCAUCCCAAUGCAACAGGCCGCACCUACUGAGACUGUAGCAGACACGCAGGCCCUUGCUGGUUCCAUCCAGGACAAACCCAGUCCAGUACAUGAAUUGUCCUUUGAUGAAUGCUUGAAGAUUUUGGCUGAAACAUUCCAGAUAGGGCCAUCUAAUGAGGAUUCCCCUGUGGCAUACCAGACACUGGAACCCAGCGCUCCUAUAGAAACAAACCAGAUCUUCUUCCAGUCUGAACCAAAUUCAGUAACAGCUGGCACCCUGAAUAGCAUACCUGCACAAGGAGAGACCGUGCAUGAAAUAAAUCAGGCUUGGGAGGAGUUAUUGUCUAUUCCUGAGUUGCAGUGCCUUAGCAAUGAGAUUGAAAACAUGGUGGAGCAGAGCAUGUAUCCAAACCCAGAAUCCACUACAAUGACAGAGACCCAAAACACUUUCAGCUUCUUCACUCCACUGUCGGCCAUGGAAAAACCACAAGAAAAUAACACUUCAGUUUUCCCCACUGAUUAUGUGGAUACGAUUGCUAGUAGUGUACCGUCAGUAAAUACAAAUGCCACCUUUAACGUUGAGUCAUUCUGUGAUGAUAUAUUUACCCUUGUUGACCCAAAAGUGACCAAUAUUGUGCCUUUAACGAACAAUUCAGGCCAGUUGUUAAAAGAGCUUUUGCAUGAUAAUGUUGAUAUUACAGACUUGUCAUUAUGUAAAGCUUUUAAUGGGAGCAACCAACCAGAGUUCAAUGAUUCCGAUUCUGGUGUUUCUGUUAAUACCAGUCCAUGUGCAACAUCACCUUCCCAGUCCUUGGGUGGUUCUGCCUAUGGUGAACCUCAUUAUGGCUACAGUGAUUCAGACAUGGAAGAUAUGGACAGCACUCCAGAGAUUGCACAGGAAAAUCCUCCAGACAAUUUUACUGCACCAUUUACAGAGGACACAUACUUUAGUCUUUCACCUUUUAUUUCACAUGACACAGAUCCCUUUGAAGUUAAAGCCCACGACUCUCCAGCAAAAGAGAUACCUGCUAGUCCUGGCUAUAGCAAAGCUCCAUUUGCCAAGGACAAGUCUUUAAACCUCCAGGAAGCCCGUUUCACCAGAGACGAGCAAAGAGCAAAGGUUCUCAACCUACCAUUCACUGUCGAAAAAAUAGUUAACCUGCCCGUGGACAGCUUCAAUGAGAUUAUGUCCAAGUAUCAGUUUAACGAGGCCCAGCUUGCCCUCAUAAGGGAUAUAAGGAGGCGUGGCAAAAAUAAAGUAGCAGCUCAGAAUUGCCGGAAGAGGAAGAUGGAGAACAUUGUGGAGUUGGAGACUGAUCUGGACACGCUGAAGUAUGAAAAAGAGAAGUUACUUGCCGAACGAGGAGAGUACAACAACAGCCUUAGUCAACUGAAGAAGAAUCUUGGCAACCUAUACAUGGAGGUCUUUAAUAAGCUGCAAGACGAGAAUGGAAAGCCAUACUCUCCUCAAGAAUACUCCCUUCAGCAGACAAAAGAGGGAAAUAUUUUCCUUGUUCCGAAAACCAAGAAAGUUAGCAUUAAGAAGGAAUAGCAAAUAUAUAUAAAAUUUUCUGGGAUAGGAUCUCAAUGUUUGCCUAAGGAGGGUGACUAGGAUGCGCAUAAGAACUAGUCUUUAUAAUGUAGCACUUAUAACGGGGCAGGGGAUUAAAAAAAAUACCAAUUAGUCUUAUGCAGUUAAUAGUUACCUAAUUAGACCAGCUGAAAACUAUUAAAUGUGCAGCGUUUCAGUUUGUAGCCUAAUAACGAGAGUUUAGGAAAAACUGGUAUCUUUAACAAAAAUACACAGCAUAUUGAAAUAUGUACUUUUUAGCAACAUUUCUAAUAUACCAGAUUCCUCAAUUAAACUCAUUAGCGUUUUCUGCAAAAUCCGGCCUCAGAGUGGCUUGCAAGAAAGAUGGGCAUUAUUGGAUGAGACUUCUGCAGGUUCAGUCAUUUUUAUUUUCGUUAUUAAAUAUAUUUUCCCUAUAUCUUGCACUUUUUUCGGGAUACAGAAAAUAUAUCAGGCGACAGACAUCUCAUGUGAAAUCUGCAGUCUUUUCUAGAACAUACUAUAUUUCCUUAUUGCGACACUGUCUUUCUAAAUAACUGUAAAUAGGUGCAAUACAUCAUAUUUAUGUAUAUAUAUAAUUCCUAUUUUGUUUGCUAAGAAACGUACCAAAAAUACAUUUAGUACACUAAAUAUCAUCUGCGGCAAAUCAUGUUUGUAACUGCUGAUUCUUUUAUAGAGAGCUUUAUUUCUUUUACUCUUUUUCAUUUUGGGGAUUUUGUUUUCCUUUUAAAUACUAUUUUCAUUUAGCAAGACAGAUGAUAGUUAAUAAAGCAUAAAAUGUAA